UUUGUGUACACACCACACUGUUUAGUGCACACUGCAACAAAUUAUCGCCUAUCACAAAAAGUCAGCAGUCGCCACUCGCCACUCACUACUCAGCAGCAGAAUAGCAGAUUUCUCGAAUAUUAGGGAACUCGCUAAGGAUAAAUUUAUUUCAUAAGUUCGUCAUGUUAUUUAAUAGUUACUCAAUAUUACAGUUUUAAGAUCUUAUCUAUUGUUACAUUAAUUUUUCAACAGUAAGUUAUUAAUCAUGUCGGGAAAAGACAAAUUGCCAAUCUUUCCAUCUCGUGGUGCUCAAACAAUGAUGAAAGGGCGUCUUAUGGGAGCACAAAAAGGGCAUAGUUUGUUAAAAAAAAAAGCUGAUGCUUUACAAAUGAGAUUUCGUUUGAUUCUUGGUAAAAUUAUUCAGACAAAGACAUUGAUGGGCGAGGUAAUGAAAGAAGCAGCAUUUUCUUUGGCAGAAGCAAAAUUUACUACCGGUGAUUUUAAUCAAGUUGUCUUGCAAAAUGUAACAAAAGCUCAAAUAAAAAUACGCACUAAAAAGGAUAAUGUUGCUGGUGUGACACUGCCUGUUUUUGAAAGUUACCAGGAUGGUACAGACACUUAUGAAUUAGCAGGUUUAGCUCGAGGGGGUCAACAGUUAGCCAAGCUUAAAAAAAAUUAUCAAACUGCAAUUAAGCUUCUGGUUGAAUUAGCAUCAUUGCAAACAUCUUUUGUUACUCUGGAUGAUGUUAUUAAAAUAACAAAUAGAAGAGUCAAUGCUAUUGAACAUGUUAUUAUACCCAGAAUUGAAAAAACACUUGCAUAUAUUAUUUCCGAGCUUGACGAAUUAGAGCGAGAAGAAUUUUACAGGUUAAAGAAGAUUCAGGAUAAGAAGAAAAUUUCUAACAAAAAGAAAGAACAACUUAAGAAAGAUAUGAAAGAAGCUAAUGCUAAAUAUGGUAACAUGUUGGAUGAAGGAGAUGAAGAUUUGUUAUUUUAAUUGAAGUAAUAUUAAAGAUAUCUUGCUUCUAAUAUAUAAUAUGAAUUAGGCACUGUACAAGAAUAUUGAGUAAUUAUUAUAAAAAAAACUGUACUUCAUACUCUUAUAGUAAUUAAUACAAAAUCAAAUUAAUGUUUACAUUGUUCAUAAUAUUAAAUAAUUAUUUUCAGUUACCAUGUAAUAUGCCCUCAUCAUCAUUAAACUUAGAAAAUAAACUAUAUUUGAUGCAAAGUAAUUACAUUUUGAUUUAUAUGUAAUACAUAUAGUAUGUACCUUAAAGUAAGGAAUCUAUGGUUCAAUUGUUAAGCUACAAAUUCAAUGUACUUUUUAAGAUAUAAAAUAGAUAGGUGUUUUAUUAAACAUAUUAUUUUUAUUGGUUUAUAUUAGAUAAGAGUUUGUCUGUUAUAGAUGGUAAAUGUUUAAAUAUUUUUAGUUUAUUUUUGUGUAAUAAACAUUCCAUUAUUCAACUAACUACAUGAGAUAAUAUCUCAUCAGACUUAUUGUGUAUGUAAUGAAAUAAAUUAUUUUAUCAUGCAUAUCUGUUCACCGUACCAUAAAUGAAGUUGUUGUCUCUAUUAUUGUUAUAACUUAUAAUAUACUUAUUAUUCAUAA